AUGUUUACCAGAUUCUCGAACACAAGCCAAGGUCUCGUAGAAACCAAACCCCGGCCGAGAUCGAGUGGAUUGAAUAUCAGUUGCUUGCCCUGUCGACGGAAGAAGAAGAAAUGCGAUCUGACCAAGCCGAUAUGUGGAAGAUGUCGAAACAGUUAUGGCCAAGAUGAGUGUGUAUGGUCAGACGGCCAUAAAGGGCGUCAAAGUCGAUCUCGAAAAACUACCUCAACUCAGGAGUCGGAACCUGCAUCAUCAUCCACACCAAGCACCCCGAGCAGCUCUACAAGCACUUCCUGGAGUUUGUCACGUUCAGUGACAACGAUUGAGCCAUGUGAUAGUCCGAGUGCAAACUAUCCUAUGGAUCGUGGGUUCGAGAAUUUCUGCUCUUGGAGCAUACCAGAUGUUGUGACGAACAUAUCACCCGAUCUAUCACCGCAAGCAUUUCUGAGCAUCUCUGCGGCCUUCCAAAACCAGAUUCUAUGUCUCGACAGCGACUUCAAGGACUCGAUUGUUGUGCGUAGUCUUCCUCUAGCUCUCGAGCACCCGACUCUUCUAAAUGCCUGGGUUGCGUGCAGUGUCAUAGCACUUUCUCGCUCAAUGCCCUACUGGCAGGAGAAAGCAAUUAGACACUACGAUAGUGCCGUUAGCGGGCUGAGUCAAGCUCUCCAGCAUGGCCAGCAGACUGAUGAUAUGUGGAAAAGAGAGACCGUUCUGCUCCUGCACUUAUUCGAGGGAUUCCAAUCCAAAGAUGAAGAGUCCGCUCUCGGGAAGGCCCAUCUCCGUGGAGCACACGAGCUCUUCAACAUGACUGUUAAAGACAAGACUCCCAUGAGCCAUCACGAGAUAUUGGUUCUGGAAGCUUACAUCAUGCACACCGUCAACAACCAUCUCUUCCAACCAGAUUCGCAACUAUCGAUUACACAUAUAUCAGAGGCAUUGAAAACACUCACUUCGGCUUUGGAACAACUCAAUAUGGACUGCAACUGGCGCAACAGCCCCUGGAUUGGAUUUGGAGGUCCAGAACUAGCGGACUUGGUGUACAGAGUCUCGUUCUUCACUCACAAAUCAGGUCUGGAUAUCGAAGAUCACCAGGAAGUGGAGAACAUAAUAGCCCGUCUUUCAUCGUGGACCGCCCCCGCCUGCCUGGAAGAAUCACCCUCAACACACCUCGACUUGCCGCCCAGGCGCUUGGUGUUGCUCGCUCAGGCUUAUUGGUGCGCAUGUUCCCACCUUGCAACGCAACUCGCACAAGAAGCAAGUCCUAUUCUGUCCUUCGAUCCCAAUGCUUUUGUUACUGAGACCUUGCAACUACUGGACCAGCUCAUUGAACAUGAACACACGAUCAACAAUCAUCUAUGGCCGUUACUUGUCGUUGGAACAGCAGCCACGGAUCUAGCGGCACAAGAGCACAUCAUCUCGCUUCUGCCCCAGUUUCAUCAAGGCCUUGGUCCAGCUUCUUUAAGAAGAGCCGAGAGAUUUCUGAGAAUUGCUUGGAAGACCGAUCCGCAAGGGUUGAUGUAUGGCAGAAAUAUCUUCAAAGACAAAGAGGCACUGUAUCAAAUGUUCUUUUGA